GAUUUGUGAAACAUUGUGCGACGCGACGCAACGGGAAUCUGCGCUUCUUCCUGUCAGCGUCCAAAUUUGUUCGCGUCGCGGUCAGAACAGACGGGCUGUAAACGGAGAGGGAAUAUUUUGCCUUUUUACUGCCCCACAGAGAGACCGUGACGUAGAGAAUCCAAAAACUUGCGGAAAGUGUGUGGAAAAAACAGGCUGCCGUCUGUGCAGCGCGCUCGUCUCCUGUGGAAAUGCGAGGAUACAGUAAAACUCUUCAAGUUCGCUUCCAUGAAGCGCUUUCUGUCCUUUAUGUGCUGCUUUAUGUCAGUAAUUUCGCUCUUGCUGCUGCGGAAGUGUCGGACAAAACUGAAGUUUGGGACAAAACUCAACUUCUCGAAGUGUACAGUAAAGGUGUUUUCCGGUUGGAGAGUGUAUCACAGAAGCGUUGUCUCUCAGCUGACUCCUCGGGUCUAUCGAUGUCCAGCUGUGACCCCUCGUCUCCUGCCCUGCUUUGGAAAUGGGUGUCCCGGCACCGACUAUACAAUCUGGGCACCAGUCGAUGCCUAGGGAUCAACACGACCAAGCAGCAUGACGUUGGCAUCUUUGAGUGCGAUGUUUCCCUCCCAAGCAUGUGGUGGCGCUGUGGGGGUGGCAUGUUGUAUGGAGCGAUGAAUAAUAAGCUAGUGGCAGUGGACUCAAAAGUGGUGGUGAGAAGAGGUGCUCUGCAUCAGUGGAGGAUUUUUGGGGCGGCUGGUGAAGGGCCAUGUGCUUACCCAUAUGAAGACAUUCACACACUUCAAGGAAACUCUCAUGGCAUGACCUGCUCCAUACCCUUCAACUAUAACAAUAAAUGGUUCUGGGACUGUACCUCAGAGGGCAGAGAGGACCGUCACCUCUGGUGUGCCACCACCAACCGCUAUGAUCAAGAUGAGAAAUGGGGUUUCUGUCCAAACCCAGUGUCAGGCUGCAAUGAAUUCUGGGAGAGCCAUCCAGAGCUGAAUGCCUGUUACCAGUUUAACUUAUACUCCAUCCUAACCUGGAGCCAAGCUCUUACCUCCUGUCAAGCGCAAGGUGGAAGUCUUCUGUCCAUCACACAGUCCAGUGAACAGAACUAUAUCAAAGGAAGACUCUCAGAUAUGGGUGUGAUGGUCUGGAUUGGAUUAAACCAUCUCAGUCAGCACGGGGGAUGGCAGUGGUCUGAUGGAUCUCCUUUGAGCCUUGUCGGUUAUACUGCAGAUCUGAGCUCCACACCAGUGCAGCAGAACCAGCAGUGUGGGCUGUUUAACUCCACUCUCGGCUCCUGGCAGAGUCUGUCCUGUGAGUCAGCCCUGCCUUACAUCUGCAAGAAAACCACCAACUACAGCCGGAAUGCCGAGCCGCUUGAUAACUGGCAAUAUAAGGAGACGAUUUGUCCUGACGGUUGGCUGGACCACAAUGGUUUCUGUUACCUGUACCUGAAGGAGAAGGCGAGCUGGGACAACUCUUCCAGUGCAUGCAGAGCUCUUGAGGCAGAGCUGGUCAGCAUCCACUCCCUGUCCCAACAGGAAGUACUGCUCAAACUGCUCUCCCUUGAACCCAACUCUAAGGUGUGGAUCGGUUUGCACAAAGAGGCCACACUUCAAACAGUCCAAUGGUCGGACAAAUCUCCAGUCAAAUUCAUAUCAUGGAACUCACAGGAGCCUACACGUCGAUAUGAUGACAAGCGCAUCUGCGUUACCGCAGACCCGAAGCAAGGCAGAUGGCAGUUCGAGGAGUGUGAAGAGCAAAACGCAGCGAUUUGUAAAGCAUCAGGGCUUGUUCCUCAGCGUCCUGCUGGAGAAUGGGAUGAAGGAUGUCCAGAGGGCUGGAGAAGGAAGGACAACUGGUGUUAUAAGAUCACAGAUCAGGAGCAGACAUUUCAGGAUGCUGUGAAAGGAUAUUAUUGCAAAUCACCUCUUGUCACGAUAGAAAGCAGGUUUGAGCAGGCCUUUCUAAAAAGUCUGAUCAGUGAAAUGGGAGGCUCUGACUCUCAAUACUAUUGGACAGCUUUACAAGACCUGAACAGAACAGAAGAGUAUCGCUGGCUGACUCAGAAUGGCUCAACAACACCCCUCACCUACACCAACUGGAAUCGACACCAGCCGGUGAGUUUAGGUGCGUGUGUGGUGAUGUCUGGCGGUCGAGCUCUGGGUCACUGGGAGGUGAAAAACUGUCACACUUUUAAGGCUCUGGCUGUUUGCAAACAGGAAGUGAGUGGAGAUCAUGACACUCUGACGCCUGCACCACACAUAGAUAUAAAUGCAGCCUGUCCAACUGGAUGGGAGAGCCACAGUGGACUGUCUCACUGUUACAAGGUGUAUCACGAUGAAAAGAUCUUGAUGCAGCGUACUUGGACAGAGGCUGAGUUCUUCUGCCGAACUUUGGGUGCUGAUCUGGCUAGUUUUCAUCACUAUGAAGAUCAAGCUUUCGUCAAAAAAAUCCUCUCUGUGAUGUUCCAAAGUACAGAGGGUCGCUGGUUUUGGGUGGGCUUUACUAAGAGAAACCCUUCUUCUGAUGGAGCCUGGGAGUGGUCAGAUGGCACACCGGUGGUGACAUCGUUCAUUGAGGAUAUGAAUGAAGCAGACUCUCACAUGUGUGCUGCGUACAGUGACCUCACAAACACUCUCACUCCUCACUCCUGUGACUCCAAAUAUGAAUGGAUUUGCAAAGUGCCUCGAGGUGUGGAGCUGGUCAAGCCAUACUGGUACAGCGACCAACAUGCACCAUGGUUCUUUUUCCACGAAGCUGAAUAUUACUUUGCCAGUAAGCAGUUUCCCUGGCAGUCUGUCUCUUUCACCUGCAAGAUGAUGGGCGCUGAUCUGCUCUCUAUCCACUCUAGUGAAGAACUGGACUUUGUCAAAGGACACAUUACUAAGGACUCUGAAUAUUGGUGGAUUGGUUUGUCUGCUAACAGUGGCCACAACGGCCUCAGUUGGACUGAUGGAUCUGCUCUGGAUUACGAGAACUGGGAAAACGGUCAAUUUUCCAGAAAGCCUGGUCAAAAUUGUAUCCAAAUGUCGGCUCAGUCUGGUCAGUGGUCUGCAGGAAGCUGUAAAGAUCCUCGUGGUUAUGUGUGCAAACGCAGAACGGUGUCUGUGGUGGAGGUUCCACAAGAGCCUUACUAUAUCGGCAGCUGCCCAGAGAACUGGCUUUACUACGGACACAAGUGUCUGUAUGUGUAUCUCCCGGACCGUCCAGAAAAGGGGAAGAGCUGGCAGGAGGCUCAGGCUGUGUGCUCGGCCAAUCAGGGCUCUCUGGUGUCCAUCAAGGAUGAGAUCGAACAAGCCUAUAUCGUCAUGAUGCUUCAUGGCUCGUCAGCGGGGGUUUGGAUCGGUGUGCAAGGACGUUUUUCUUCCAAAUGGAGCAACAAGAAGCCGAUCGUCUACAGUAACUGGGAGAGGAUUAAUUAUAGAUCUCCUGAAGUACCUCAUUGCACUUUCCUGUCCAACAGCCACAACUUCCGCUUGACAGGGAUUUGGCAAGAUGACGUCUGUACUGAAAAGAUAUAUGGCUUUGUCUGCGAGAAAGCGCAAGACACCACCAAGCGUCCCACUCACUCCUAUCACACUGCAUCCUCUCUGGGCACAUCUGAGUUCAGGAACCACACUUAUCUGGUCGCCCAUGGCAACAUGAGCUGGUACGAGGCCCAGGAAAGGUGUUUGGUGAAGGGGGCAACACUCGUGAGCAUCACAGACCCAUUUCAGCAAGCUUAUCUGACCUUUCUGAUCAACAGACUGGACGCCCCGCAUUGGAUCGGCUUAUACAGCACAGACGAUGGCAUAUCCCACCAGUGGUCUGAUGGAAGUGAGGGAUGGUUUACUCAUUGGGAAGAUUCAAAUUAUUACCCUGAAGGGCCGGUGGGAGAUGGAGGCUGCGUGUCUAUGGAUACUAAUGGACGCUGGAGAGACAAUGAAUGUGACAUGAGGUUAUCAGGAGCGAUAUGCUACAUACCCCCACCCAAGAGCAUUGCUUUCUCCUUUGAAGUGGUGUGUCCUGAUACCUGGGUGAAGUUUCGCGGGAGCUGCUAUUAUUUUAAAACCGUGAUAUCAAAGAAGACACAAGAAGAAGCCAGAAAUCACUGUAAAGCAAAUGGAAAUUCUUCUGAGCUUCUGACCAUUCAGGAUGAUGAGGAGAGCCGCUUCUUCCUUAAAGAGAUGUGGCAUUACUACCAGGGCCCUCAGAAUUUAUGGCUGGGAGUCUUGUAUAAUGAUAAAAAUGGUGUUUUGGCUCGUUUGGAUGGCUCUCAGCUGCAGUACACGAACUGGCGAUCCAGAGUUCCAGAUGAGCAGGAGAUGAGGAAACAGCCAUGUGUGUCUAUGCGGGUAUCAGAUGCGGUUUGGCAGUUAGCAGACUGCACCGAACGACUGGGCUUCAUCUGUAAAACCUCAACAGGUACCAUUAAAGAGGUUGAAGUGGAGCCACUGAAAGGUCUCCACCAGGGCGUCAUCUCAGUGGCUGCAUUGGUGGCCAUUUUACUGUUCGCAGUGGUAAUCGGAUCACUGUGGCUCCUUUACAAGAGAAACUCUCUGUGCUUCCGGAGGCUUCCAACGUUUGGCAGCGCCUAUUACAGACAGACAAACUCCCAAGCCAGUGACCAAGAUGAAAACGUUUUACUGCCAGAACUAGAGACCCAAGCAGGGGACUAGCAUGUUUGUGUGAGUGUAUAGAUGCAUGUUUCUGUGCGUGUUUUGUCAAAGUGUGUGUGUGUUAGUUUAGUCUGAGAGACGGCAAUGGGAAUAUGAUGAAGAGAGUUAAGUUGUGUGUGUGUGUGUGUAUGUACAGUAUGUGUGCUAUUGUUUCGGGAAGAUGUUGUGCACAUGGAUAUCUUAUGAAUACAUGACAGCAUUUAAAGGGAUAGUUCACUCAAAUAAUGAACAUUUCUUUCUUCUGUUGAACAAAAAAGAAGAUAUUUCGAAGAAUGUCAGGGGAAAAUGUCUAUUGACC